AUGUCUGGGAGGAACGGCACCCCUUGGGGCUCAGCAGCAGGGGAAGAGGUCUGGGCGGGAUCCGGAGUGGAGGUGGAGGAAUCAGAGCUGCCCACCUUCUCAGCUGCAGCCAAGAUUCGCGUGGGAGUGACCAUUGUGCUGUUUGUUUCUUCAGCCGGAGGGAACCUAGCAGUGCUGUGGUCAGUGACAAGGCCGCAACCCAGCCAGGUCCGCCCCUCUCCGGUCCGACGACUCUUCACCCAUUUAGCAGCUGCAGACUUACUGGUCACUUUUGUGGUUAUGCCCUUAGAUGCUACCUGGAAUAUCACUGUUCAGUGGCUGGCCGGGGACAUCGCAUGUCGGAUACUUAUGUUCCUGAAACUAAUGGCCAUGUAUGCCGCAGCUUUCCUGCCUGUAGUCAUUGGGCUUGAUCGCCAGGCAGCAGUACUCCACCCGUUUGGACCCCGCUCAGGUGGAAGGAAACUUCUGGGGGCAGCUUGGGGACUUAGUUUCCUGCUUGCCUUGCCCCAGCUGUUCCUGUUCCAUACUGUCCGCCGAGCUGGCCCAGUCCCUUUCACACAGUGUGUCACCAAAGGCAGUUUCAAGGCUCAAUGGCAAGAGACCACCUAUAACCUCUUCACCUUCUGCUGCCUCUUUCUGCUGCCACUGACUGCCAUGGUCAUCUGCUAUAGCCGCAUUGUCCUCAGUGUGUCCAGUCCCCGGACAAGAAAAGGGAACCAUGCCCCUGCUGAUGGAUUUGCACUCCGCCGCUCCUUAGACAAUCGCCCUCGUGUUCGCCUGCGGGCCCUGCGACUGGCCCUCCUUGUCUUGGUGACCUUCGUCCUCUGCUGGACACCUUAUUAUCUGCUGGGCCUGUGGUACUGGUUCUCCCCUACCAUGCUGACUGAAGUCCCCCCCAGCCUCAGUCAUAUCCUUUUCCUCUUUGGCCUCCUUAAUGCUCCUCUGGAUCCCCUACUCUAUGGGGCCUUCACCCUUGGCUGCCGAAGAGGACACCAAGAACUGGGUACAGACUCCUCCAGAGAAGGAGGGUCUGGCAGAAUGCCCCUGAGACAGCUGGAAGCACACACAAAUGUGGCAUCAAGUAGGGCAGGAGAAACUAAAGAGACAUUCUUAUAA